AAAACGCCUACUUUAUCACUACGCGGUUUUCCAAACUCUUUAUCUCUACUUCCCUACACUUGGUGGCCAUUCACUUUUCAUUUUUCAGAGUUCAUGAUUUCCUCUGCAACUAGUUUUCAUUUCCUCUUCCAGUUUCCACACUUCACAGUGGUUUUCCCUCAACCUUAAUUUUUGAUCUUGGUGGUUUCAAUGGCUUUGAGCACCCACAGAGCCUCCCCAUCUCUUGCUUGGGAUGAAUCACCUCCCCAUUGGAAAUUCGACGUCUUCUUGAGUUUCAGGGGUGAAGACACCCGCUGGGGUUUCAUCUCCCAUUUAUACCGCGAACUGGAGUUCUGGCAAGCAUUCAAGAUAUUCAAGGACGACAGAGAGCUUGAAAUCGGAGCUAGUAUCUCUCCGGAGCUCUUGAGCGCUAUCGAACAAUCACAUCUCGCCAUAGUUGUUCUCUCACCCAACUAUGCUUCUUCCACUUGGUGCUUGGAUGAACUUUCCAAAAUUAUCGAGUCCAUGGAAAAGGGAAAAAAGAGAAUUCUGCCUGUUUUCUUUAAUGUGGAUCCAUCCGACGUUCGACAUCAAAGGAGCAGCUUUGCUGACGCCUUUGCUAAGCACGAAGUGAAGUUCAGUGAUCAAAUAGAGAAGGUGGAGAGGUGGAGAGAAGCUUUAAGAAAAGUGGCCAAUCUCUCUGGAUGGGAUGCCAAGAAUUAUAAAUGUGAAAGAGAGCUUAUAGAAGUCAUCGUGAAACGUGUGUGGGAGAAAGUGCGUCCUACAAUCAUAUUGUCAGAUUCUGAAGAAAAGUUAGUCGGAAUUGAUUUUAGACUUAGGCAGAUGCGGUUGCUUUUAGCUCCUGAGGAAAAGGAUGUUCGAUUUAUUGGAAUAUGGGGUAUGGGUGGAGUGGGUAAGACUACCCUUGCUAGGCUAGUGUACGAGAAAAUUUCCCAUCAUUUUGAUGUGGCUGAGUUUCUUUUUGAUCAUGGUCCACUAAUCAAUCUUCAAAAUCAGGUUCUUUCCCAAAUCUUGAAGGAAAAUAUUUCCCCAGUUUGGGAUGAGUACAAAGGAACCAUUUUCAUUAGAAAAUGCCUGUCUAAUAAAAAGGUUCUUCUUGUUUUUGAUGAUGUUGAUAGUUGUGACCACCUAGAAAAAUUGGCCGGACAUAAAUCUUGGUUUGGUGAGGGAAGCAGAAUCAUCGUUACAACUAGAGAUAAACGUCUCCUCACCGAGCGUCGUAUAGAAUUAUCAUUUGAGCUAGUGCGGUUAAAUGACAAUGAUGCUCUUGAGCUCUUUAGUCACAAAGCCUUCGAAAAAGAUCAGCCAGAGGAAGGGUUUUUAGAGCUUUCCAAGUGUUUUGUAGAUUAUGUCGAAGGGCUUCCCUUAGCUCUUAAAAUUCUUGGAAGUUCUUUGUACAAGAGAGAUCUAGAGGCAUGGAAAAGUGCAUUGGACAAACUAAAGAAAGGCUGUGAUGCAAAGGUUUUUAAUUCACUCAAAAUAAGUUAUGAUGCACUGGACUACAUGGAGAAAAGCAUUUUUCUGGACAUUGCAUUCUUCUACACAGGGGUGAAGAAGGGGCGAGUAAUUGAAUCGCUAGAAAGUUGUGACCUUAGUGGUCAUUAUGGGAUAGAACUUCUCAUUGAGAAAUCUUUGAUAACUAUCGAUCAGCACAACAAUGUUCGGAUGCAUGGUUUGGUACAAGAAAUGGCAUGGGAAAUUGUUCGUCAAGAAUCUCGUGAGGAGCCCGGUCUUCGCAGCCGCUUGUGUCAUCGUAAUGACAUCUUUCAUGUAUUCAUGAGAAAUACGGGAACAGAAGCGAUAAAAGGUAUACGGUUAUGUUUACCUCGUUUAGAAGAGGCAGAUUCAAGCUGGAAUUGUGAAUGCUUCUCUAAGAUGCCCAAAUUAAUGUUUCUUGAAUUUCAUAAUUUAAUAAUUAGUUCAGGCCCCAAAUCCCUCCCAAAUUCGUUGAUAAUUCUCAAUUGGAAUCGGUAUCCUUCCAAAUCUCUUCCAGCUGGUUUCCGGCCAAAUAUACUUGCUGAACUGAAGAUGCAAGAAAACAAUCUUGUCCGGCUUUGGGAUGGAAGACAGGACUUGCCUAACUUGAAAUAUAUGGAUCUUAAGUGGUCCAAAAGCUUGAAGGAGACCCCAGAUUUCACAGGUAUUCCGAAUCUUGAGGAGUUGGAUCUUGCAUGUUGUGACGGUUUAGUUAAGGUCCAUCCAUCCAUUGCAGUGAACAAAAAGCUUAAACAGUUGACACUCUAUGGAUGUAAAAAUGUCAAGGUGUUCCCAAGUAAGAUAGAAAUGGAUUCUCUCGAGUUUCUCAGUCUUGAAGACUGCUCAAAAGUAAAGAUUCCAGAAUUUGGAGAAGGGAUGAAAAAUUUAUCUCUAGUCUACGCAUCUGGGACCGCUAGUGAGGAAUUACCUUCAUCAAUUGAACAUCUGGUUGGCCUUACUUGUCUGUUUAUAAAUGAUAGCAAAAGUCUCCAGAGUCUUCCUGGUACCGCAAUUUUUAAACUGAAGUCUCUUAGAGAACUCGGAAUGUCUGGAUGCCCAAAGCUUAAGAAACUUGUAGAAAAUACGGGGGAGACUAAAGACAAGCCGCCAGCCUUGCGACAAAUUUUUGGUGGAUCAUCUAUGAAAAGGAAGCUUUACAUGGGCUUUACGGGCUUAUUUAAAAAAAAGGGUCCAGAGCCUGUGUGCUUGGCGUUGCCAUCUCCAGGGGCUUUAUCGUCUUUGCAGGGGUUAUUUCUAGAUUAUUGUAAUCUGUGUCAAGGAGGUAUCCCCGACGAUAUUGGCUACUGCUUGCCGUCUCUAGAAUGGUUGCAUCUUAGUGGAAAUAAUUUUGUUAGUCUUCCUCCAAGCAUUAAAUGCCUUUCUAAGCUUCGGUUCCUUAAUUUGAAGAGAUGCAAAAGGCUUCAACAAUUACCGGAUCUCCCAUCGAAUGAGGAAUUAUCAGUAUUUGCAGACGAUUGCGAUUCCUUAAAAAUGUUGUCAAAACCAUCACAGCAGGGCAGAUUCACCGAAUUGGUGUCCUUUCGUUUAACAACCGUCAAUUGCUUUGGAUUGAUUGACAAUGAAGGCUUGAAUAAUGGAAUAUUUUCAAUGCUAAGUAGAUUGGCCGCUCAGGGCAUCUCUCCCUCGUCUCUCUCAUUAAGCGGUGAUGUUUUUCGUCCGCCAUUCGAUAUUGUAAGUCCUGGAAGUAAAAUUUCAGAGUGGUUCGAUAUUCAAAGCGAGGGAGAUUCAUUGACUGUGGAGCUGCCUCCGGAUCGGGAAUCAGAGUGGAUGGGCAUUGUGUUUUGUGUUGUUUUUGCCAAUCAGAAAGAUCAGUUUGAUUAUUUUCAAAUUGAAUGUUCAUCGCCAGGGAUUCGUAGAGAAUACUCUGUGCCGAUGGAAAAACCAGGGAUUCGUAGAGAUCAUCUUUGGGUGUCUUUUAUGCCUCGUGGUCAAAUCCAGGAUACCACAAGCUGCUCUAUUAGGUUCUCAUUCGUCGCGCAUUUUUACACGAUUAGUGGUUGUACUCCAAGCUCGAAUUGUGUGAAGAGGUGUGGGGCUAGAUUGUUGUACGAGCAAGAUUUGAAAAACCUCCUCGAUGGAAAAACCAACAUCUUGAAGCGGAGUCGUGAAUAUUGUGACUCGGAGGAGGCCGAGCCAGGGGAAGGUCCAAGUGCAAUUGCAAUUGGUAGCUCUAACAAAGAAUCGGUUUUUAAAAGACUCAAGGCAUGAAUACUAAGCAAUCGAUGGAGAGGUAUGUUUUUGUGAUUUAUAAAAAUGGUUUAUGUCUGAUGUAGGUUCCAUUAACUGAUUAACUCAGCCCCCUAAUUUAUAUGUAUAUAAAAAGUUCAUCAAUCAGUGAAGCUUUUAGUUUGAGAUUGUCUUUAUAUGUAGCUCAAAUAUCAAAAAUAAAUCAACUUGUGUAUUUCUCAAAAAAAAAAAUAGUUGGGUAAAUUUGGCUAACAAUACCAUUUUGAGUAAUACAAUAAAUUGUUUAUGUUAAACAUGUUUUUUCUCAUUGACAUGCUUAUUCUCAUUUAGACUCCUGUAACUUUUGUUUUGUUUCAGAAAGCAUAUCUUUGAUUGGUGUGUAUUUAUCCAUGCAUGCAAGCCCUUUCCUUCUUAAGGAAAAAGCAUUGACUCAUCAAGUUUUGUUUUAAACCACAAGCAUUGCUGCAUUGCUACUUUGCUAGGUAUAUCAAUGUGGCAAGGGUUCUUACAUUCGUUUAAGUAUUCUUUAUUUAUGGACAAUCUACCCAAAACAUCGUUGUCCAGUAAAAGAAAAGUUGUAUGUAAAAUUGCAUCCACGAAUAAACAUGUCUUGGAGCCUUACAAUCCAAUAGUUGAGAUUCAUCACUCCCAUAUUCAAGGUUGAUCAUGCUACAACCAACAUACUAACAAUGUGAUGACAUCAAUUCAAGUUGUGAUUAGUUUAUAGUUUUUACUUUAUUUUUCAUCUUUUGUCAAGGAUUAUUAGUUUGUACUCUAUAGCAAACAGUAUUUAUAAGUUAUGGGAUAUAUAUGUGGAAAAUAAAUUUGCCCGUAAAGAGUUGUAUUCAUCUCAUGCUAUAGGAACUACCCAUUUCUUCUUCUGGUUCUUGUACAGCUGGGCUGCUAGUGGUCUCUUUGGCGACAAUGGUCUUCCACUGUUCUUCCUUUGAGUACUUGAGGAGCCCAUUCACAACAAGAUUUGUGGCACAUUGGCCAGGGCUAUCUCUGAUGCCAUGUUGAUGUUUUUAAGAUGAGGCUGAUCAAGAUGUCGCUUUGAUUGGUUUGAAAUUUCUCUUCCAUAUUCCUUUUCAUUUGUUGUCCUCAUUCCUUCUACGCUCAUAUUCAUUCCUACAAGUAGUAAAUUAUUUUUGCAAUUUUAGUGUCCUGUAAAUUAAUUUUCUAUGAGUAGUAGAAGAUUAGAAGUAGAAGUCCAAGACCGUGAUCCAAUUCAAUACUUUCUAUGUUCUCUUUCGCAAAAUGUUAAUGCAUAAUGCCCGUGAGAUAUCAUUACAUUGGUUACUAACUUA